AUGGACGCAAAGGGUAAAGAAAGAGGCAUCCUGAAGUUGGAGCCGCGGCCACGGAUCGUCGUGGAAGCCCGCUCUGAGCUGACUCCACAGGGUUCCUGCGAGCACGCGCCGGUGUCGCCGCAGCCAUCGGUGGACCGCCUGUCGGUGACCUGGGCCGACCCCGGCAGCAUGACGUCUUCGGGAGUCAACCUGUUCCACCUGCCUUCGGACACCCCUCUCAGCAAUGAGGUCAAGUUCUCACCAACUGCUGGAGAGGGUUCCGAGGAUGAGGACUACUCCGCCAGCCUGAGCGCCGUGCUGCGCCAGCGACGCGCCAGCGUGCGUCGCUCUCGGAAGGGCCGCGCCCGCCGCCCCUCGUCCCCCUUCCUGGCCGACGAGACCAGGCCCAGAAGGAGGUCCUCUGUCUUCACCACCAGCUCCGGCGACACAGCAAUAUCCAUGGAAGAGAGUCAGCCAGCAGUGGUGACGCAGGAGCAGAUCUUCGAAAACAUUCACCUGCACAAGGAGGUGCUGGGCUCCGUCAAGCAGCAGCCCCUCGGCAUGAGGAGGAAGCUGAAGAUUGUCCACCAGGCAAAGGCCUACAUCAAGAGGCACGAGGGCCAGUUGCAGGAAAGACUGGCACAGUCGAAGAGCACCAGAGACAUCUACGCGCGGUUUAAUAUUUUAUUGGCAACAAAAUGGCAACAAAUGAAGCGCGAGGCAGCGAACACAUCUAACCUGCUGAUACCUUGGGAGCUGCGCAUCAAGGAGAUCGAGUCGCACUUCGGCUCCGUGGUGGCAUCGUACUUCACCUUCCUACGUUGGCUGUUCUGGGUCAACCUGGUCAUCGGCUUCAUCCUGCUCGUAUUCGUUAUUGUGCCUGAAUACCUCACCGCGAACCCAAAACAAGACGGCGAGCGAAAAGUCAUCAUGGAAGAGGAGCGUAGCAACGCCACCAACCUUCUGAUGUUGUGGGAGUUCGAGGGUGUGCUCAAGUUUUCUCCAAUAUUCUACGGGUACUACAGCAACGUGGAGCGGCCCCAGUACAGGAUGCCUCUCGCCUACUUUUUGACGGGACUCGCCGUGUACAUUUACAGCUUCGUUGCCAUAUUGAGGAAGAUGGCAGAAAACUCACGUAUGUCUAAGCUUUCUGAAAAAGAGGACGAGUGCAUAUUCUCGUGGAAGCUGUUCACCGGAUGGGACUUCAUGAUUGGGAACACAGAGACGGCUCACAACCGGAUAGCGUCCGUCAUACUGGGUUUCAAAGAGGCACUACUUGAGGAGGCUGAGAAAAAGAAGGAUUUGAGGAAUUGGCGUAUCAUAUCCUUGCGAGCGAUCGUCAACAUCUGCGUAGUGAUAUUACUCGCUGUGUCAGCGUAUGCAGUAGUCACAGUGGUGUCUCGCUCCGAUGACAACUCCAAGCCAAGAAGUUGGUGGCGUGAGAACGAGACGACAGUUGUCGUCACCGUCAUAUCUAUAACUUUUCCUGUAUUCUUCGAGCUCCUCGGCUUUUUGGAGCAUUACCACCCAAGAAAACAACUCAGACUACAAUUAGCCAGAAUUAUGCUGUUGAACUUGCUCAAUUUAUAUUCUUUAAUUUUUGCAUUAUUCAGUAAAAUUGAAGGGAUGAGUGAUGAACUAAAUGCACUCAAGCCAGUUGUCAAUAUGACUGUUAAUACAACUGCCAACAAUACAAUGAAUAUAACUGAAGCGUGGGUUUCCAAUCUACCCACAUCGUGUUCUGAGGAAAGAGUAUCAUGUGAUCCAUGUAAUGCCCUUCCAAUAUUAUCUGUCAAUCUAAUGACUAAUGAAGUAACCCCUCGCAGCAGUGAAACUGUUAAACCCACGUACAGUUCUAACAAAGCUUCCACGUAUGAUGUCCAAAUUCUUAAUAAGGAUUCUAAAAUUCCGUUUGUAUCUGAGAAACUAAGAACAAAAUUACUUGCAGAAAACUUAGUAGAAGGCGUAAUAACAAGUACAGACGACAUUGAAUCGAAUACUCUAAGUAGUAUUUUAAUAAUAAGAAAACAAUUAGCACUAAUAAGAAACAUUAGUGAAAUGAAUAAUGAUGUAGACGUAAGUGACCCUGUUACAGAGGCGUAUGAUGACGAUGAAUAUUCUAAUGAUUUGGAUGAAACCACUUUUAGUGAGUCCACAUCCAAUAAUUUAAUUUAUAAUGCUACUUUAUACGAUGAUUUUAAUUCAACACUUCCCUACGCAAAUACUACUUCAAGUGACCAAAGCGAAACAAGUGUCACGUUCAGUGAUUAUGAACCGAACACAAAAAUGUCAACAUCAGUUUUCGAUGAAAAUGGCACAGAAAAUACUUCAGAUGAAUAUCCCACUGAAAGUGAGUUCAUUGAUACCUCUCCUACUUACAUUAAUACUGAUACGACAUAUAUUAGCGAAUCUACAUCAUUGACAGAAACUGAAAAGCCUUAUACAGAUCACUAUUCAUCACCAAGAUUUUAUGAUGUAACAAACACUGCCACAGCGGAUGAUGACAGCACUACAAUAUCGACAUUUAUUCCAGAAAGCACAAAACCAAGCCAUGAAAUUUCAAUUAAGACUACAACACUGGAAACAGAAGCAAACUGUCCAAGCUUUUUCAAUUGUACUAUGAAUUGUGGAGGUCUCAAUAUAACACAAGUAUUUUUCAUAGCUAACUGUAAAGUUGUGGAAAAACGAUGCUAUGUUACAAAAUGUGAUGAUUCAAGGGUAUCAGAAAUUGAUAAAAUCAAUGAGACAGCUGUUGAUAUUGCUUACAUGGAUGAUCAUGAUAGAAAAAUGUAUAACUUAACUACCGCUACCAAGAAGAAACUGCUUAAACUGUGCUGGGAAACCAUGUUUGGACAAGAAUUAGUCAAGCUCACAAUGAUGGAUUUGGUAUUCGUCUUAUUGGGUACACUUUUCAUGGAUUUCUUUAGAGCUCUUUUUGUUAGAUAUAUGAAUCGAUGUUGGUGUUGGGACUUAGAGAAAAAGUUUCCUGAAUAUGGUGAUUUCAAAAUCGCUGAAAACAUAUUGCACCUGAUCAAUAAUCAAGGCAUGGUUUGGAUGGGCAUGUUCUUUUCACCGGGUCUUGUCGUGUUGAAUGUAGUCAAGUUGAUGAUAAUGAUGUACCUUCGAUCUUGGGCUGUGAUGACGUGCAAUGUUCCACAUGAAGUAGUUUUUAGAGUUUCAAAAAGCAAUAACUUUUAUUUAGCUCUUUUGCUCACCAUGCUCUUUUUAUGUGUCUUGCCCGUUGGAUAUACUAUUGUAUGGGUACGACCUUCAUGGCAUUGCGGACCAUUUUCUGAAUAUGAGAAAAUAUACUAUAUUUUAACUAACAAUAUUUAUAAAAUUCUUCCCAAAUCACUCAAUUUUGCCUUAGAAUACAUAGCAUCUCCUGCUAUAGUCAUUCCAUUAUUGGUUCUGCUGAUACUUAUAAUUUACUACUUAACUUCUCUUACUAAUUCAUUACGAGAAGCAAAUAAUGAUUUGAAGAUACAAUUGCGUCGGGAAAGGACGGAAGAAAGACGGAAAAUGUUCCAAUUAGCAGAUACUAGAAGGCGCGUAGGCUCGUCAGCAAUGGACAACACACCAUUUGCUAGAUGGAAAAAAGCUCUCCCUACUUUACCAAUAAGCAAGUCGAUAGAUUCUGAUGAUAGAAAGACUAUAACUGCCGACGACAAUAGUGAACCGUCAAAAGCCAUUAAGAAAAGAGGCGGAAUAUUUGCGAAAAUUGUUGGCUUGGCGUUGGAUAAAAAAACGGACGUGGAAACAGUUCCUGAGGUAAACAAUGUUUCACAGUCAUCAAAUAACGUGGACGAUGAGACAGAUACAGACUUUCACGAAACUUUACCUAAGGAGGUAUUAAAAAUAAAAGAUAUAAUAUUCAAACAUGUUGAUAAUAAGAAAAAGAGUAAUGUUGAAUUCAACAUUGAUGAUAGUAAACCAAAGUUAGCGGACAAAGGACUUAAGGUUAAGAUAGAAAAAGAAGACGACCGUUCCGAGAAGAAAGCGAACAUUGAGAAGCAGAAACAAGACCUGGUACGCGUUGAUUCUUUACCAACAAGCAAAAAAACCACAGAAGAUGAAUAUAGAGGCAAACACAGGAUGGACAGGAAACAAACAUCAGAAUCUAGCACUCAAUCCAGACAAUCAGACUCCAUUGGUUCCGUUAUUCCUGUGAUAACUAUUAGUACAACAGAGAGCGACGAAGAAACGUUGCAGUCAAAGAAAAGUAAAGGAGCAAUUAAAAAACCUCAUGAUAUAGAAGACUCUAAUAUAGCGAAAGCUUCAGAGACUUUGAAAAGAAUGAAGAAAAGUAGCUCGGAUCUCAAAUCUCUAAGGAGACAGAGCAGUGUCGAAAGCAUCACCGAAAAAAAACUGCCUAAAGAUAAUCACAGUGAAGGAGGUCACAAGUAUCAGUACUCAUUGUAG